GAAGACUCCAGGCCUGGGCGUGUGCUCCAAGCAGAUCUCCCAGAUGGGCUGGGCUGCUACAGGCGGGCGCUGCAGCCCCAGCCCCAGGUGACAGCCCUGCAGAGAGCUCGAGUGCAAAGACCGUCCAGUGCUCUGUGAGAGGAGGAGGAAGGAGACACAGAAAUCAGUGCUGCUCCCAACAGCAGACCAAGGCAGGCCCCGGGGGGUCUGCCAGGCUCUGCUCGGGGGCCAGCACCCAGGAGGCCAAGAGGACAGCUGAGGGGACGAAGGGGCCUAAGGACUUCGGUGUCAGAUAUGUACCCCAACCAGGAUCAGGGCAUGUACCCUGCAGAGGGGGACACCCAAGCCCCAGUUGGUACUGCGGUGCCUCAGAAGCUGCUGGAAGAAAUGCUUUGGUUUUUUCGGGUAGAAGACGCCUCUCCUUGGAAUAUUUCCAUGUUGGUCCUGGUGGGUGUGGUGGUCGUGAUAAGCAUCGUCCUCCUGGGAAGGAACAUCAAGGCCAGGAGCAAGGUCAACUCAGAGACAAGGCGUCUGUCCAGUGGAGCAGCAGACAUGGAGCUGCUCCCGCUCCGGCCCAGGCAGAUUCUCUGGACGGUCAGCUGUAGCCACAGUGGGCUGCCUCCACCAUGGCCAGGAAGUGUACCUUCAGUAAAACCACCUCAAAAGGAGAACAUUUGGGGGAGUUACUGGAAGGAAGUCUGGAUCUUGAAUGCCAGAUCAAGGAGAAAGCAAAAGAAGCUGCCACCGGCAAAACAAACUCCAGAGGCCUUGGCUGAGACCAGAACCAAAGAUGACAACAGUGUGAACAUCGUAAGAGAGACUCUGCUCUCAGAAAAGCCGGAUGUGGCCCGGGAGGAAAUUGAGUUAAGAGAUUAAGAGAGAGAGAGAGAGGAAGAGAGAAGGGAGAGAGAGGGGUGUACCUCAUCUUUGUUCCAGACCCACAAGAACCCAAGAGUGAGUGGGAGUGCAGAGCAGUGCCCCCAUGUUGUCUGCAGAUAAAGUGAAGGAACAGCCAUCAAACUAAGAUUCUAUUAUGAAAAAAACCCACACAAACCCUGUUUAUUAAAAUGCUUCUGGAUAUGG